AUGAGUGGUGUUGCCGUGACAGCGUCCCUGUUCUUUUUGCUCUCCGUAUGUUCGGCUUGCUACAUCUCCAAUUGCCCCAUUGGUGGAAAGAGGUCUAUCAUGGAUUCUCCUUUACGCAAGUGUAUGUCGUGUGGUCCUGGAGAGAGGGGCCGGUGCUUUGGCCCCAGUAUCUGCUGUGGGGAGGGCCUGGGCUGUCUGAUGGGAUCCCCAGAAACAGCUCACUGUGUGGAGGAGAACUACCUGCUGACCCCCUGCCAGUCCGGAGGGAGACCCUGUGGAUCAGAGGGGGGCCGCUGUGCUGCGUCAGGACUCUGCUGCGACUCAGAGAGUUGCACCACAGACCAGAGCUGCCUGCCCGAGGAGGACGCAGAAGACCAGUACGAGCCCAGCGACUCCAGUGACAUCAUCCUCAGGCUUUUACACUUGGCCAAUCACAACCUGGUGCAUAGACUGCACCAAUGA